AUGAGCACAUCAGACGCCAACAGCAUCAAUUCAGAAUGUCACCAGCUGCAAGCCGCUUUGUCGCCGGCCACCGCAGCUUUACGUGACUUCAUCGCGGCCCAUCCUGAAGCCGAAGCACAGCUCUCACCCGUGCUAGAACAAGUCCUCUUACUAUCCGACAGCAUCGUCGCACUUCGACGCAAUGUAGCGAGUUGCGAAGGAGAUGACCAGCUCUUGAACGAAGCCCGACACGUCCCGGAAUUCUGCACAGAGGUUGUCGGCCAAAUCGUAGGGUCUCUCUCCGACGCAGUACCUGAGAAAUCCCGAUGGUCGCUGUCUCGGCGUGGUGACGAUGCGUGGAGGAGCGCAGCCAGUCGCGCCACAGCCCUUGGCUCACAUUUGACCACGGGGAGGAGGACAAUGAGUCUGGCUGUUGAUGCAUUAGAACUAGCAGAAGAAGCCGGCGAGUCACCUCCGUAUGCUACCAGCUCAAUCCUCCAGGAGAUCAACUCCAUCAAGGAGAUUCUCAACCGCCAUCCCGCAUCAGACCAGAGACUAUCGCCCCAAAAGCUUGCCGGCUUCCUCAACUUCCUUCGGACCUUCAUCGACAGCCAGUCGACUACGGUUCCGGCAUCAGACAUGGCAAGACUGUCCGUCACCGCCGAUAACGCCGGCUCUUCAACCUACUCCAUGUCCGCCGCACCAAGCGUAGAUGGGGACGUAAACCCAUACCCGACCCUCCUCGUGCCAGCUCCCGCCCACGCCACAUUCCGUCACGUCGGCAAGAUCACGAUGAACCUGGAAAAAGAACCCGUCGACAUCCGCUUCACCUCCGCAACAGACCCGACGUCCUUUGCCGUCUCCAACUUCUUCAAAGACAUCAGCCUCUUCGACGCCGCCUCUGGAGAGCGCAGGCGCACCAUCAAAGUAAAAGGCGUGAACAUGGUCUUCUCCCCGCUGAUGGACCUCGUCGCCGUAACGACGGAGCACCACGAUGAAUACGUCAACAGGUUCCCCAAACCGUUACUGACUUCGCACGACAUGGUCCAUUUCGAGAGGCCGGCUCUAUACGUCGUCGAAUGGGUCAACGACAACAGCCCCAACGCGCGCAAGUUCUUCCUGCAGUGGCACGGCAUCCGAGCAUUUUCCUUCAGCCCCGACGGCCAGCUUCUGGCAAUCAAGGGAGUACGCAAUCGCGUUGAGAUUGUCACAGCCGCCAAAGGACAGGGGUAUAGUGUCGUCCGCAGCCACACUGAUGAGGUCACGCACGCGGAGUGGACGGCGGAUUGCACCAGGCUCGUCACCGCGUCCAAGGAUGGGACGCUAAGGAUCACGAAUGUCGAGACUGGCCGGAACAUUGCCAAGAUCGAGAUGGAAGACUGGAGGAAUCCACUACAGCUUGCAGUGAGCCCAGCGGGAGUGAUUGCAUCGAUUUGGGGCAGGACGGUGACGAUUUGGGACCCAGAGAGCGGCGCGAUGAAUAGUUACAAUCUUGAGACCGCAAAGGGCAGCGAGGGCGUCCCGUUGGCGAUCUCACCUGACCUACGAUGGGUUGUUUAUCGUUCAGACGAUGGCGCUGAUGCCACCGACCUGGCGACUGGAAAGAUAGUCUACUCGGCGAGGUUGGAGUCAGGGUUCGCUGUCUCGGCUGCCUUCGCUGGGAACGGGCAGUACAUGGUCGUCGGGCGUUGUUUGCAUGGACAUCAUGCCAGAAACGAUUCCGGCAUUCUCAACGUGUGGGAGAUUCAGGCUUGA